UAUUUAUACAAAUCAAAACUUAUAUUCAACAAAUAAAUAUAUAAGAAACUCUUAGAGAGAGAGUCUUUAGUGAGAUAAAGUCUCAAAUAUUUUCUUAAACCUUUUCGCUUUUCGCUCCCCUAUUUGCAACUAGUGCUUUAUAAGUUCUUAUAUGUCUGAUCAUCUAAACUUCAAUACUCUUGUCUAUCCUUAUUUUAUGGGUGAGGAAACAACUACUCCUCUUCUAGAUGAGGAGAAUAUUGAUUGGGAUUGCUGUGUCAUAGGACAGUUUUGGGAUGAGCGUGAUUUCUCAAUUUCUUUGGUUCAGCGUUUGGUUGUACAGUUUUGGCACCUUCGAGCUCCAGUUCGGGUCAUGCCUUAUGGAAAGUACUUUAUUUUUUGCUGCAGAACUUCUGAGGACGCGGAGGAGCUAGAUUCCAGGGGUUGGGUACACUUCAAAGGAAGCUUCAUGGUUAUUCAAAGGCUCAAAGGCUGCUCGGUUCCUUUACAUAUGAAUUUACAUCUUGCGGAUAUGUGGGUUCGUGUAGAAGAUCUUCCUAUUAGAUAUUCAACUCCGGCGGUAGCAGCGACGAUUCUCGUUCGAGUUGGAAAAAUCACUAUGGUAGACAAUGAGAAUGGUUGUUAUUUUCUCGCGAAGGAUAAUCGUGUUACGUGGGUGCGUUUUAAAUACAAAGGUAUUAUUAGAUUUUGCAAAAAGUGUGUGUUUUGUUGGACACGGUCGUGAGACUUGUCCAAAUUCCGAUGACUAUGUUAAGUUUCAUUUUGCAACUCGUUUUCGUAAGCUACACGAGACUGGAGCACGGGUGCUAUUUGAACCAAUUGAUUCAUCUCUUUAUACGGGUGCUAUCAGUGGCGUAUCCAGGAUAUCUGAGCUUGUGAGUCACCCUGAAUUAUUGAUCCAACGACCAACUCCACCAAUGCCUAAUUCUCUUCCUAAGAGCCUCCCUAACAUAAUAAGGUGAUUCCCACGUCCCACACAUCUCGCCUGAUGACGGCCUUGUUUCCGGGCCUAACAUGGGUGACGGGGAGACCUAGGCCCUAAAUUAAGUCCAAAUUCAUCAAAUAUUUUGUUUGAUCAACCAUCAUUUCUCAAACAAACACCAAUUGGGAAAAAUUAUAAACCCUAUUCUAACUCCAUAAUUGUACCCAAUAUUCAAUCAAAAAUCUCAAUUUCAACAACAUAGCAUCUCAAAUCUGCUACCAAAUCACGUGAAAACAAAAAUUCGAUACAAACCCUAAUUAUUUCCAUCAAUCAAGAUUCAAGACCCAAAAAAGAUCAAAUUACGACCAAUCAAGAAAACUCUAAAAUAUAAAGACAAUUAAAACAUAUAAACAUUAAAAAAACAAAAAAAAAAAAA